AUGUGUGAUGUCAACUUCUGGUUCGAAUGGGUACCUUCCCAGAGCAAUCCCGCCGAUGCUCCAUCGCGCAAAGAGCUCCGUGAGCUCGAUCCGGCAUGUCUGGAGGACCUGCCUUUGCUGUCUGCGGGUAGCACCGCCCUGCAGGUGCAAGCAACGGUCACCGGGGACCAGUCUAACUUUCGGCACCUGGGCCGACAAACCAGGGACUGGCACGACUGGGGUUGGAAUCGGGACCAGUCUGGUUCCUGGUGGGACAACCACCAAGCCGAAGCUGACCAGCACUGGGACUGGCAGCAAGAGGUCUGGCAGCAAGAAAGCUGGACCGAAAACACAGGCCAAGCCGAGGACCCCUGGGCCGGCUGGUCAGGUGUGCAUUCGUGGGUGGAGGCACACCCGGUGCCUGAACCACUGCACCUCCGCGUAGUCGCAGUCCGCGGCAUCGCAGCGAACCUGCAGCUUCCAGUGCGGGUAGACCCGCCAAACCAAGGGGAAAGCCCUGGUGGGAACGUUGAGGAACGUAUCCAGAGGGGGCAAGAGCGACGAGCAGCCUGCGCUAGCUCGUCAGCCAAGUCCGCGCGGGUAGAACCGCCUCAGGAGGCGGAGACCUCGACUGAGCCAGGUGAGCCAGUCGUUCUCACCCCAGCGCCGGCGGCAGCCGAGCCAGCGGGUAGCCCCGCGGAGGAACACUCAGGAGCCUCUGAGUCCGAGUCCUCCUCCAGCUCGUCAGUCAGCACCAUCGACUACGAGACUGGAAGUCUGCCCGUGCAGACUGAAGCGGCAGCAAGUGCAGCCGCAGAAAGAAUUCGGGCCAUCAAGCUCGAAGGGGAUCCGGGCGAACCGGAAGGACCCCACGCCCCAUCUGCAGGGGUGAAGAGCGAGGAUCCGAACGAGGAACCCCUCGCAAGUGCGGCAGCCAAAGCUGCGUCUGAGCUCCGAGACUCCUGGAUCUCAGUGAAAGAGGAGGUUGACUAUAGCCCCUCGGACACUCCAGGAAACAGCAGACUCCCUAGCUGGGAGCACGAGGUGAGCAGGCAGCUCACGGGACUCACUGACGCCCUCCGAAGGGCAGAGGAGGCCCACCGUGGGUUGCAAGAGCAGCUGGCUCAAAGCCAGCAUCGCACCCAACUGUUGGAGCAACAGCUCCUGGAACUCCAACAGGCGGGUAGCACCGCCGCGGGUGGCACCGCAGCCAGCAGAGCAGCGGCGGCCGCAGCGGUAGGUAGCGAAGCCAGAAAGAGUCAAAGCGACAACACACCGACCGAAGAGAGCGACGAAUACCGAGCUCUCUCAGUCAAACUGUUUGGGAUGCUGGUAUCGCUCAUCGCUGAAUGCCCAGCUGCAUUGAAGAUUGCAAGGGGCACGAGAAACCAAAAUGGAUUCGUCCUGUGGCGAAUGCUGUGGCGAGAGUUUCAUCCCGAGCAGGCCAACAGAGGUCUCAUUUGGAGACGAGCCCUGCUUUCGCCGAAGUUUCCAAACAAAGAGGGCGACUUUAGUGCAGCUCUUCAAGAAUGGGAGCUGGAUCUCGCGAAGUAUGAAUCCGAGUUUGGAGCCGAAAAGGCCAUCUCAGAUGAAGACAAGCGAGCGCUACUUAUGGUCGAAUCGCCCCAGGCCCUGAAGCAGCACUUGGCAAUGCAUGCUUCGUCGCUAGGAUCGUACGAUGAGGUUCGGGCUGUGGUGGUCUCAUACCUGCAAGCAAAGAGGGUGUGGACACCGUCCGGUGGUUAUGCUCAGUCAAGCCGCCGAGCAGCUCACGAUCCCGAUGCCAUGGAUAUUGGCAAAGUCGGCGAUGCCAAAGGCGAUAAGGGGAAAGGAAAAGAAAAGAAGGGCAAAGGAAAAGACAAAGACCCCAAAGGGGGGAACAAACCCGAGAAGGGUGGAAAGGGCCAAGACAAAAGAAACCAGCAGAAAGAAAAGGAGAAGUGCCCCAUAUGCUGGCGAACUGGGCACACAGUGAAAGACUGCUGGUACAAUGUGAAAGGAAAAGGCAAAGGAACGCCGAAGGGCGGAGUAAACGCUGUUGCUGACGACACUUCGUCACAGCUCUCAGCGGGUCCCUCCGCUUCCCAGGCGGGCAGCGCCGCGACUACGGCAAAACCUGGUGUGAGACACAUCUCGGAUGAGCCCAUGCGAGUGCUGGCUGUGCGGAACAACGACCCCCGCCAAGGACACCUCCUGGUGGAUACCGGUGCCGCUGUUUCCGUUUGCGCCACGGAACCUGUGCUGCGACUAGGCGGGGACCACCGCCAGAAUGCACGAACCACGUUUCAAGUGGUUGAAGGUAUCACGGAUGACAUUCUGUCUGUGAACCGAGCGGUGGAUGCUGGAGCGCGGGUUGUGUUCCACGCGUCAGGCUCGCACAUUGAGUGGGCUGACGGCUCACGAGCCGAUUUCGUCCGAAGUGGGAAGCAAUUCCUGCUACCUUACGCUGAAAUGGCCAAACCCAGCAAGCACGUGACCAUAGCGGCCGUUGAGGAUUUUCCCGACGACCUGGAAGCUCAAGCGGUCGAGGAAUUCGCUAUCGCUGAAGAACAGCGGGAGGCAGAAGCCGCGCGGGCCGAGGCAGCAGCUGCCGAAGCCAAUGAGGGUGAGGGCGAAGAACGCCAGGACCUUGAAGCGGUAGCCCCGCCAGCGGAUCCCGAGCCGAACGAGGAAAGCGUGCCACGCGAGCCCACGGCCGAAGAGAAAGAGCGCCAUAGACUCACUCACCUGCCAUUCCAGAGCUGGUGUCCGGAAUGCGUGCAGGGGGCCGGGCGAGGCGGGCACCACCGCCGAAAGAAAGACGCGGGAGAAGGCGCAUUGGAAGCGACGGUCCAAAUGGACUACACCUUCUACUCGCGAGGGGCGCAGCAAAGGCUCGCGCCGGAGAACGAGUCUGUUCUCGUCACGGUGCUGACGCUGGUUGACCGCGACACCGGCUGGCCGUGCAGCGUACAGGUGCCUAGAAAAGGUCAGGAGUGCGGACCAUUUGUGUUGGACGCAAUAGAGCUCUACCUGAACAAUUUGGGACACAAAAGAGUGAUCCUGCAAAUUGACCAAGAAGGAGCGUUGAGAAACGUUGCUGUGGCUGUAAGAAACCGGAUGGGGGCACACAAGGUUCGAGUGCGGGAGUCACCGCCGUACUCGCACCAGAGCCAGGGCGCCGUUGAAGGCGAACACCACCAACUCGCAGGUUUGGUGCGCACAUGGCUCAUGGACCUCCAGAAUCGGUACCCCAACUGCAUGGUUGACGUCAAUCAUGUGGUGUUUCCCUGGCUAGUCAAGUACGUCGCUUGGUCUGCGGCGAGAUUUCAAGUGAGCACCAAGGCGCAACGCCGUUGGAUACGUGGGAUAUGGGUUGGUCGUCUGGAGCGCGACAACACCAACAUUAUACUCACGGAGGCUGGGGCAUUGAGUGUGCGGUCUGUCCGCCGUUUACCGCCAGACGCGCAAGCCAACAGAACCCUGAUGGGGACCGUAGCUGGCGUGCCAUGGGCACUGCGACAAGGAAGGACGUUGCGGCAAGCAGCCGCGGAAAGCCUCGAACCACGCGAAGACAUGGACGUUUUCGAUGGCGAUACCGGCGCGGGAGUUCUCGUCUCACCCGAAGAAACCGCUGAGGCCGAAGCUAUUCGAAAUGCAGCGCCAUCGAGUCCCACAACGUCGGAUGGCCCAUCCGCAGAAAGCGCGGGAGCCGCCGCCGGAUCACCUAGAGCACCAGCAGGGAUGGCUUAUCCCACGGGGCUGGGCGAAGGGGGGCUGGCGACCAAGCGUUCAGGCACAGCGCCACCUGCGGAAGAGACCAGGCCGCCAAAGCAACCCAAGGCCGAAGCCAAGAAGUCCCAACGUGUAGGCAAACUACAGGUGCAAGAUCUGUGGAAAAAGGUGGAGGAAUGGGCCAAUGCGGACGACCCCGCUGUAGCGCAGCAGAGGCUCGCCACGGUGAUGGAAUACCUCGAUUCCGUGCCCGACCCACAGCAGAUCCAGAAAGCACGCGAAGAGCAACUUUGGAAGCUCUGGCGGCUGAACGCCUUCACACCGGUGAUGCGAUGGGACAAGCCGGCAGACGCCCAGACCUUUCACUACAAGUGGGUGGACAAGGUGAAAGACGGCGUGUGCAAAAGCAGGUUUACCUGCGCCGACGCACGACGAUCCUAUACCCCAGAAAUGGAGCAGGACAUGCGUGUCUUUGUUCCUACCCCUACUCCUGAAGCACACGCACUGCUCGAAAUAACGGCUCUGCAAAGAGGCUGCACCAUGAGAACCUUCGACAUCGUUGCUGCUUUCCUGAUCGGCAAGGACCGAGGGGCGCAGAACGAAAACUGGGUCUACAUGCGACCGCCAGCCGAGUGGAAGCCCAUUUUCGACCAGUGGGUGCGGGAGCAACCGCCGUCUGAGCAGUCCAAGCUCAGAGGACAAUUUGCUGACAUGCUGUUCAGGCUCGAUGGAAAUUUGUAUGGUCGAAGAACAGCUGGCUCCGUCUAUCGAGACGAGCUGGAAGAGCUGUUAUGCCACAAAUUGUCACAGACCGGCCGGUAUGCUUUCAAAAGAGGGGUAAAAGAUCCAUGCAUCUACAGAUGCAUGAAGACAGGUAUCAUAGUGGUCCAUCACAUCGAUGACGGAAGAUGUGCGGGGAACGCCGCCCUGCUGAACACCUUCCUGGACGAGGAUAUGUGCAGCCACUGUGAAAUCACCACCGGUCCUCUUGAGGCCGAAGGUGUAUCGGUAGAAGUUUUGGGAAAAACCAAAACACGCUUAGAGGGCUGCAUCCUAACAGCCCCGGACGCAAAGCAUGCUCGAAACAUCAUCGAAGCACUCGGUCUGAAGCCCGGAGAGAAAUCUCCAGUGCCUUCUCGCAAACCCGAUCUCUCGGACGUGACGCCGUUGAGUGCGGGGGAUGCCGCCAAAUACCGAUCCGCUGUGGGGUCCGGAAUUUACCUUUCGGCCGACAGACGUGACAUUCAGUAUGCGGUGAAAGAGUUGGCGAGGCAUAUGGCCGAACCCAGACAGUGCGACAUGCAACAAGCACGACUGCUGGGAAAAUACCUGCAACAAGCGCCCGACCUUGUUCGAGUCACUGCACUCGACCCAAGCGCGUACGAAGGGCCCAUGACGCUCGACGUCUUCAGCGACAGCGAUUGGGGAGGAUGUGUUGAAACCCGGCGAUCCACAGAUUGUCAUGUGGUGGUUCUGGGAGGAGCAAUUGUCGCCACAUCCACGCAGACCCAGCCGGGAUUGCCUGCCACCAGCAGCCCUGACGCUGAGUUAAGAGGCAUCAGCCGGGCCUGUCGCGAGGCCAUCUUCGUUCACGAACUGGCGACCAUGGAUUUUGGGCUGGAGGUGGAAAUCCCACGCCUGUGGUCAGACAGCUCCACUGGCAUCACAGCCGCAAAACGCAUAGGGCCAGGAACCAAGCUACGCCAUCUGGACGUGAGCGAAUUCUACGUCCAAGGGGCAGUGCAGGCCGGGAAAGCGCUGUUGCGAAAAGUCAAAGGAACUGAGAAUCCGGCGAAUUUUCUCACCAAGCACCCAAAGUCCGGAAACGAAGUGCUACAAGCUUUACCUUCGUUGGGCAUGGUGGACCCCAAACAUGUUGCGGGCGCCACCGCCCAGGAGAAACACACGGUGAAGUUUGUGCGGGUGAAUCCGCCUACGAGCUGGAAACCCGUAUUUCCGUUCAAGCCUACGCUCGCAAUCGCGGGUAUCACUAUGGCUUCACAGAUCUUAGGAGUGAAGGCCCAGCCAAGGGAGAAAGAACUCCUAGAGCUGGUGCUGGAUGCCACUUUGUGGCUGGGACUCCUGGGAUGGUUUGUUUUGCUCUACCACAUGGUGAAGGGCACUGUGAGGGGAACUCUGGCUAUAUACAGGAGGGUGAACCGACACCGGCAACAUGAAGAAGAGCCGGAACCGGAAGCGUCGGAGGACGAAGCUCCAACGCAGGCCGCGGAAAACGCGCCACCUCCACUCGAGGACUUGUGGGCCAACAGGCAGCAGCUUCUGCCUUACCACCACAAUCCGCACAGGGAGAUCAGCAGCGACGAGCACGUCGAAGAACUAGACCACAGUUCAACCCAGCAGCAAGACAUCGUGGUCGAACAGUUCUGUGCCUACUGCCUGGAAAACUUUCCCAGACACCUCAGGAUGGCAGAGAGCGAUUCCGAUGUGCAAUCACUGCAGUUUGAGACACAUCUCGCGAGAUCCCUGAGCGGUAGUCCCGCCAAGCGGGCACCACCGCUGGCCGAGGAACAGCUGGGCGACUUCCUUUCUUGGCUAUUCUUUGGGGUCGAGGAGCCGGACAAAGUGCGAGGUUGCCUGGCCCCACAGGGGGCAAACGGGCUACACGUCGUACACCUCCCCAACACAGUCUUCAUGGCAGGCUUGGACGGCUAUGUCACACUCGUGAAGUUUGUGGCGGAGUGUUUCUCCAAAGCAGGCCGCUUCCCUCCUUUGAGAGGUUUUGCAGAAGACUACGACUACGCUCACGGGUUUCGACAGUUCUCUUUGUCGUCCACAGAUAGGCGCUUUCUUUGUGCAGCAGCCAGAGCUCCUGACUCCAGCGUCAGGAUUUUCGUGCCACAGAAGCUACUUUUCGGACCACGGGGAGCUCCGCAUGUGUUCUGUAGGGUCACAGACAUGGUGUCGGCAGUGGCUUCGGUGCUUCUGUUGAUACCAAACAUCCCUCAUGUAGAUGACAUGGUUGGUGUGGAAGAAAUGGAGGCAGUGGACUCGGCUAGGGCGUCCUUCCUGGAACUGCACGUAGCACUAAAUCUUUUACUCAAGCCUUCCAAGGCAAGACCAGAGAGAACUUCUCCAGGUGGGGCCAAGCAGCUAGUAGCCUUAGGUGGGCAACUGGACUUCGACAUUCCGGCUGAGGAGCAUGCAGCAGGACUUGUCUGCAGAAUUGACCUGCCAGACGCCAAAGCACCCAAGUCCGCGAACCUCAUUGUGCAGGUGUUGGAGCAAGGCAAAUUAUCUUCAACGCUGGCUGGCAAAAUGGUGGGCCAGUGGGACCACGCGUCAGCGGUGUGCUUAGGCCGAUCUGGCCGUGCCUUUGCUUGGCCGCUACGUGAACUCAUAGCUGCAGACUCGCAAGGACGCCAGCCUCCGCCGUGGCCUGUCCUCAAAGCUGCUCUACUGGGCUUCUUGGUUUUCCUGCAAGGCCGAGGUCCCAUGGAAGUGAGAGCAAGCCAGACUGUUGCUCGCAGAGCGGCUCUGCUGUUCGUAGAUGCGGCCCUCGGCCCAGAUGGCUGCAGGCUUGGUGGAAUGGCUUGGGGCCCCGGCUGGUGCUUCUUCUUUCACUUGAAGGUUGGCAAACACAGCUGCCGCUUGAUCCCAUGGAAGGCAGGCCACAUCAUUAAUGAAGCUGAGGCGCUUGCGGCACUCAUUUGGAUACAAACCUUGACAGACCACUUGCAAGGGCUUGACAUUUUCCUUUUCGUAGACAGUAAGGCUGGUGAGGGCAUUUUGCUCAAAGGGUACUCUCGUUCAGCGCAGCUCACGGUGAUCGCCUCCUUGUUCUGGAAAACAGUGCGCCAAGGAAGGGCGUCAGUGUGGAUAGGCAGAGUUCCAAGCAGCCUCAACGUGGCUGACCCUAUUAGCAGGGGCUGCUUUGACAUAGCUCGGGCUCUGCAAGCAGACCAGCUCACUGCUCUGCUCCCGGAUGUCUCUGCUUGGGAGACACUGUUGGAGUUUUUGGAGGGCAAGCGAGCUUGUUGCUUCUGCAUUGCGGGUGCAAUCUGCGGGGCCUUGAUGCUUAUUUUGGGUGCAAAGUGGGAGGCAAGCCACAUGAAGGAGCCGACAUCGAUUAGCCCAAAGCAGGCUGACAGUUCACUGGCUCCAGCUACCAGCAGCGCCGUCCCAAUUGUGAGCCCAGCCGGGCCAUCCACUACAUUGACCACAGUGACGCUGUCCACGAGCAUAGUGCACUUGGAGCCUCUCGGAAGUCCACAGCUCGGUUCUUCGAACCCGAGCUACCGGUUUCCUUACGACCCUGACAGCGAUGCCUUCCAUGCAAAACCCUUGGCAUGCCUGAGGCAGUCGACACCGUGGAUCAAAGGCUUUCAGUAUCCAUCCGAUGCUGAAGACCAUUUUGAAGAGCUCAACCGAACCAUGAGCGCGUUUGUCAAGGGAGUCAGGCCCCUUUGUGGCAAGAUCACGGCGGGUUUUUGCGGUCCCUGGAUUGAGAACUACUGGAUCUGGUCAUUCAGUAACAAGUGGAAGAAUCGUGCUAAUGGCACUCGGCUCAGAGACAUCUUUGGCCCAUAUAUUCCGAUUCUUUUUCCGUUCCUCGACAUUUUCAUUCCACACUUUUACAGGUACCCGCCUGGUAUAAUAGAAGCUUUGAACCGGACUAUGAGACCGAAUGUUCUGUAUCUCGCCGUAUCGCAAAACGAUGAUGGCCUCUUUGGCCACAACCUGCAGCAAUACAACAAGUUCACUUUGGCGGACUUCCCCAACCUCUUCGUGAUGAGUGCUGGAGGGUAUGGGCAUGUUGCCUUGCCUUUGUUUAAGCAGACGGAAGCCCCAGCGAAGGCUGCACCGAUCAUGGAAAGGAGCUACGCUGUCGGUUUUAUGGGCUCACUGAACCACGGGCCAGCCAAGGUGCGACAGGCCAUGAAGGCACAGGCAGAAAGCUGGGGCAGCCUGAGAAACAGGUCCGUUAAGAUCGGGCAGGGCGCGGAGGACUGGAGGGGGAUGAUGGCGAACACCAGCUUGAACCUCUCACCGCGAGGUUUCGGGCGUAACUCCUACCGAACGCUAGAAAUUCUGCAGAUGGGCCUGAUACCCAUCUACAUCUCUGCUAAGGGAGCUUGGCUGUUCUACAGGGAUCUGUGGGUCGAGGAGAAGAUCGGAUUCCACACUACAGCUGGCAUCAUGGAUCAGAUCUCGAAGUUCAUCACGGAGAGGGACGGUGGCGGUGAUCUGAGAUGUGAAGUCUUACCUGUCGAUGCCGUCGCGUUUCGCCUUUUGAGAAACGAUUUCACGGACGUAGCGGCCUUCAGCGAAGGAGCGAACGCACUUUGCGAAAGGGCACAAGGCAUCUCUCGUGAUGCAUUGCUGCGGUGCACGCGGCUCCGGCUAGUUGCACGCCUGGCAAAGGUGUUGCGCCUGCUCUCCGAGAGGCCAGGGGCCCGCCUGACCAAUGCAGCUCGCGAUUGGGUGAAGGCGCCCAGCGUUGAGGGCCUGCUGCAGGUUCGGGACGUCGGCCUGCAGGAGGGCCCAGCCUUGGCAGCCUCGGCAGCCUCGGCAGCCUCGGAGAGCCGGAAGCUGUCACACGAGGUCUUUGCGGCAGCACGCAGGUUGGGCUGCGAAAUGCUGCCCAAGCCUGCCAAUGAGGAUGCCUGCAUCGAUGUCUCUUCCAACUCGCAGGCCUCUGACUCGACAGUGCCCGGCGACACAUCCAGGCCGGCGCAGCCUGCCGCCAGCGAGGCGUCCAACUUAGGUGUCCGGCCUGCAGAGCAAGCUGCCGAGAAAAGGCCACCCGACAUCUUUGAUGCGCCGCUGGUCAGUGAGCUUGCGGCGAGCACCGACCCCGGCCGGAGACCCAACAGCAACAAGCGCGUCAGGUCCCAGGCGCAGACCCUUGAAGGCGACACCUUCGUGGCACAAGGGCGAGCUCCAAAGGCCAGGAAGGAGUACAGUGCGUGGACUGAAGGUGAAGAGCAGCGCCUCCUGGAGGGUUUCCAGAAAUAUGGAAAGCAGUGGAGCAUGAUAUCCAAGUGCUGCGGUUUGCCACACAGGAAUGGCGUGCAAAUCAAAGACAAGUGGCGAGUUCUCAAGAAGAACGGCCUCGUGCCGGCGAGGGAAGGCAAGGACGAGGAGGAGGAGGAGGACGAUGACGACGAGGAGGGCUCGCCUGCAGACUGA